AUGGGUGCGCGACUCUGGCAUCGAAUUUGGGUGACUUUCACCUCUGGCUUGAUCUCCUUCAUCGCCUUCUCACCCCAGAUAUGGAUCAUCUGGCCAUGGUACGGCUCAACAUUAUCUGUCGAUAUGCUGAAGCUAUUGGUGCCCUUCAAUCUGCUGGUAUUUAUGAUCUUCUGGAAUUAUCGGCUAUGCAUCAUCACACCGCCUGGCGGUGUUCCUUCCGGAUGGCGACCCAAUAUGACCGCGCUGGAAAACAUGGAGGUCAAGAAGGGCUCGCACGGGCCGAGGUACUGCAAGACGUGCGAGCACUACAAGCCGCCAAGGGCGCAUCACUGUAGACAAUGCAAGACUUGUGUUGUCAAGCUCGAUCAUCACUGCCCGUGGAUCGCCAACUGCGUCGGCUUCUACAACCAAGGCCACUUCAUCCGCUUCCUGCUCUACGUCGUCAUGGCCACCUCAUAUCACCUGGGCAUGCUCGGAUUCCGCGUCGCUGCUCUGACCAGGGACUACUACUACGAGCCGACCGUGACCGACGUCUUGAUGCUCGUGUUCAACUUUGCAGCCUGUGUACCGGUCUGGCUCUGCGUCGGGAUGUUCUCGAUGUACCACCUGUACCUCGCUUCGGGCAAUUCGACGACGAUCGAGGGAUGGGAGAAGGACAAGGUGGCUACUCUGGUACGGAGAGGGAAGAUCAGGGAAAUCAAGUACCCCUAUAACAUCGGUUUCCUCGAUAAUAUCAAGUCUGUCCUCGGUCCCAACCCGCUGCUCUGGCUCUGGCCCCAGCCGAUGAGGGGAGAUGGCCUGUCCUACCCGGUCAACCCAGAAGCGGGAGACUCGCACGUCCAGUAUCUCUGGCCACCGCAAGACCCCACGCGUCUGCCCAACCCGCCACCUAGCUACGCUACCAGCUCGGCUUUCGUCUACGGCAACGAUGGCUUCAACCCCUCUCUACGCCCUUCUAGCGGUAUGGUGCGGUCCAGACAUUCGGACGGUCCACCGAUCGGCGAGGCGGGACACGAACAGGACGACCAAUACUCGCAUGAGGGCACGAAUAGUAGCUAUUCCCGCUCGUCGUCGCCGGAGCAAUAUAUGUCGGAUUAUGACGAUGAUGAUGAGCCGCUGGGGGUUCGGCGCGGGGAGGAGUAUGAUCCGAGUAGAGUACGGAGAGGAAGCGAGGGGUUUGAGGUCAGACCGGUGCAGCCUUGGCUGAGGAUGGAGGACAUGGGAGAUGGCGAUGGGGCAGGGCACGGUCAUGCCCCAACGGCGAAUGACACCGGCGUCCGGUAG